CCCUGAAUCCAUUUUCCGAUACACAAAUCUCAUUGCCUUUCGUGUUUUUUCUUCCCCUCUGCAACUGCCUUCCUCUCUUCUGAUCUCAGUUUCCACCCAUCCGCAUCAGGGAUGACGAACCAGUACAAUUGAAUGGAUCGUAUGGAAUGGACCCGGAGGGUUUUCUGAGGUUGCUUUGUCAAAACGACCAGGCUUUAGGGUUCCGGCCAUGGCGGAGGUCGCGGUCUCGCGGAGCUGGGCCCAGGGCAUGUCCUCUGACAACAUCAAGGGCUUGGUCUUGGCCCUCUCCUCCAGUUUCUUCAUUGGCGCCAGUUUCAUUGUCAAGAAAAAGGGCUUGAAGAAAGCCGGCGCAUCCGGCGUUAGGGCUGGUGUUGGAGGUUAUUCUUACUUGUACGAGCCUCUUUGGUGGGCUGGAAUGAUAACAAUGAUUGUUGGGGAAAUAGCUAAUUUUGCUGCCUAUGCAUUCGCGCCAGCUAUUCUGGUCACUCCUCUUGGUGCUCUCAGUAUCAUUAUCAGUGCUGUACUUGCAUAUAUUAUUUUGCGGGAGAAGCUGCACAUUUUUGGAAUUCUUGGUUGUGUUCUGUGUGUUGUGGGGUCAACAACAAUUGUUUUACAUGCUCCUCAAGAACGUGGGAUUGAGUCUGUCAAAGAAGUGUGGGAUCUUGCAACAGAGCCAGCUUUUCUUUUUUAUGCUGCUUUGGUGAUAGCAGCAGUAUUCAUACUUAUAGUCCAUUUUAUUCCGCUGUAUGGCCAGACACACAUAAUGGUCUACAUCGGUGUUUGUUCACUUGUAGGCUCACUGUCGGUCAUGAGUGUUAAAGCCCUUGGAAUUGCAUUGAAGUUGACAUUCUCGGGAAUGAAUCAGUUGAUAUAUCCCCAAACGUGGGCCUUUACUAUUGUUGUAAUUACUUGUGUGAUUACUCAAAUGAACUAUUUAAACAAGGCUCUCGAUACAUUCAACACAGCUGUUGUAUCACCUAUAUACUACGCGAUGUUUACAUCAUUAACCAUUUUGGCUAGUGUAAUCAUGUUUAAGGUUAGAUCACAUGAUUCAACCAGUUAAUCCUGGAAAUUGGGCUAUUUCUAGUGUGUGUUAUUUUAAUCUUGGGUAGCAUUUGAUCAUGCUCUACUUAUUAUGCGUGCGCUCCUCCCAUGUAUUCAUAAAUUUGCUCAUGUUUGGAACCGUGGGAAGCUAAAGAUGGAGUGAAAACCACCGGCAACAACAUUUAGGAAGCUAAAUUGUAGAGUGGUUUUGAUGCUUUUUGGUUUCUGUCUUGUCAUUUUGAGAUCCAUUAUGUGUGCUCUUGCUUGAUGUUGGAUUGGUUGAUCAAGUCUGGAGAUAAGUGAUAUUUGAAAGUGUUUUACAAGGUAGUUUUGUUUGUAAUUUUGAGGACUAGCAGGGGAAAAAAGGACUGGAAGAAGAAACCUUUUUUGAUGUUAAAAUUUUAUUGUGAACUUGAUUAUAGCCUAGAAAGGUUUUGGGUUGGGGAGCCUCCAAGGGCCUUAGAUCAUGUCCUUUUUGGAGAUCUUUUGGUUGCUUGUAAAUUGGAUUCCUUCGUCUUUGUUUUUGUGUGUAUACCUUGUUUGUGGGGGUUUCUUUUUUGUGAUAAUGAAAAUUUUAGCUGUUAGUGAAGAAAAUGAGUUGUGUCGUUGUUUAGUAUUUCGAGGAAAGUUAGAUUGAGACUAGAGAAAAUUCAAAGGAAUUUCCUUUAGGGAGGUGAGGCGAUAAACAAAAAGAGGCAUCUUGUAAAGUGGUCAAUAGUGUGCUUGGAGAAGAGUAAAGAGGUGUUGGGCAUUAAACACCUUUCUUAGCUUAAUAAGGUGCUUUCGUGUAAGUGGAGUUGGCAAUACACAAUUGAAAAGAGGAGCAUUUUGGGAAUAGGUCAUUAGUGGCAAAUAUAGGGAGGAAGUGAAGGUUGGUUGUUUUGUUAAGUGAGAGAUGGGUAUGGAGUCGGGCUAUGGAAAACCAUCUGGAAGGAUUAGGACACCUUUUGUAGUAGAUCUUCCUUAAUGGCAGGUAAUGGAGGGAGGGUAAAGUUUUGGAAGAAUAAAUAGUGAGGAGAUGAAUCUUUGUGUGUAUUUUUCCCUUCUUUAUGUCUUAACCAUUUCAAAAGAGGUUAGGGUAGUGGAUUUAUGGGAUUAGAUAGGUGAGAGGGGUCAUUGAAACCCUUAGUUUUCUAGAUUUUUGAAUGAUUGGAAGUUGGACAAUGUAGAGGAAUUCUUUUCAAGGUUGCAAGGAGUGGCUGUAGACAGUGAGGGGGAGGACAAGGUUAUGUGGAUGGAUUGAAGAAAUGGUAUGUUCUCAAUUAAGUCUUUAUACACUACCUUAGAAUCGAGGGGAUCGAUUUCUUUUUCAAAGAGCAUGAUUUGGAAUUCAUGGUGCCUUCUAAAGUGAGUUUUUACACAUAGGAAGUUAGUCGGGAAAGGUGCUGACCCUAGAUCAGCUUUAGAGGAGAGGGUGGUUUUUGGUCAAUAGAUAUUUUCUCUGUGAAGUUGAAAGAAGAUUCCAUAGAUCAUGUCUUUCUUCAUUGUACCAAGACAAGGGUCCUUUGGUAGUUGCUUUUUGAUCUGUUUGGUGUUCAUUGGGUGCAAGCUGCCAUGGUUAAAAAGACUCUCUUAGGGUGGCAUGGAUUGUUUGUGGGUAAAAAACACAGGAAGGUUUGGAGACCGGCUCCAUUGUCUAUCUUUUGGACCAUAUGGAAAGAAAGGAAUUGAAGGUCUUUUGACAAUGAGGAGCAAUCAGAUCAAGCCUUGAAAAGUUCUUUUCUUAGAAAUCAUUUUUUGUGGGUGAAGAUGUACCUAAGAUAUAGGUUCUAUGUCUUUAAAUGAUUUUUUUGAUUGGUCGGGUUUUUGCUAAAAGGGGGUUGUUUUUUGUUUUCAUUCUUUUUAGAUGUGCCUUUUGAUGCUCAUUAUAUGCGUCCUGUGUACUAUGGUGACUUGUCUUUUUUAUGUUUUCACCUAAAAAAAUUAGUAUGAGAAACAGCCUCAACUGAUUGCCAACCUUUUUAAGUGAUGUAAGCUAUGUCUAUGACGUAACCAAAAUAUCCUUAAUAAUUGAGUAACGUCGUGGGACUUUUGAGCUACAUUCAUAGGACAUGUUUAGCUCCUAGAAAAUUGAA